UUGGACAGUGAGGAGGUUUUAAUAGGCAAAUAAACCAUCAUACUGUCCGUUUCUUUCCAUGCUUCUGAUUGCAUGGCAAGCUUGUAAACAGAUUUCUAAAUUCUAUUCUCCAAAUUCUGAUACAAGCAAUCCAAGGUUAAGAUUUCUCUGAAUUUCAUCAAUAAUCAUCACAGAAUUUUUCCUUUGAAAAUCUUGAUUAUCAGAUUUUAGGGAUUCCUUUAAUCUGCCUGAAUUACCCAGCACCCCCACAGCCACUGCUUCGCUGUACUAGCAAUUUCUUACUGUUUUCUUCCACCUGUUGUCCGUAGUUUGAGGGACUUAAAGGUGUUUGUUACAAGGGUUUUAAAGCUUAUCGUAAAAAAACAAAGAAAUCAGUAGUAGAAGCCAUGUUUCCUGCUGUUAUGUCCAAUUCAAACUCUCUUUCUGAAGAAGCUAGUGUUUCUUCUGGUCCUAGGGUUCAUGAAUUUGGCUGCAGCUUCAAUCCAAUGAUACAAACACAAUCCAUGUCGACACAGCAGCCACAGAAAAUCAAGAAGAAGAGAAACCUCCCUGGAAAUCCUGACCCUGAUGCUGAAGUGAUUGCAUUAUCCCCAAAAACCCUUUUGGCUACAAACAGAUUUGUUUGUGAGAUUUGCAGCAGGGGUUUUCAGAGAGAUCAGAAUCUUCAGCUUCACAGAAGAGGCCACAGUCUUCCAUGGAAACUUAAACAAAGAGACUGCAAAGAAAACAAGAAGAGGGUUUAUGUGUGUCCUGAACCUACAUGUGUUCAUAGCCACCCCUCAAGGGCUCUUGGCGACCUUACAGGAAUUAAGAAACAUUACUGCAGAAAACAUGGGGAGAAGAAAUGGAAAUGUGAAAAAUGUUCAAAGAUUUAUGCUGUUCAAUCAGAUUGGAAAGCACACUCAAAAACCUGUGGAACAAGAGAAUACAGAUGUGACUGUGGAACCCUCUUCUCCAGGAAGGAUAGCUUCAUAACCCACAGAGCAUUUUGUGAUGCUUUAGCAGAAGAAACUGCUAGACUCUCUGCAGCCAACUCAAUCUUGGCCUCCGGACAAAACCCUAAUAAUGAACAACAGCCACCGCGCACGGCGGCGACGUUCCAUUUCAACCACCAAAACCCUUCUUCUCUCUUCUCCUUCUCUGCCCAACCGCGCCACUUCCCAAACCCACCACCCCAAAUCACCGCCCUCCUUCACCCCACCUGCGACCCACCCCAAAACCAUUACCCCAAUAACAAUGUCCAAAUUAAACCUGAAUCCAUCCACAUUCCCCUCUCUUCACCAUUUUACCAAGAUCCACUGCACAAGGGACUGAUGACGUCACCCUUCCAUGGUCUCCAAGUCAGCACCGGCGGAGCACCGCUCUCGGCCACCGCACUCCUCCAGAAAGCAGCAACUGUAGCUACAGUACAUUCUGUAGGUCAAGUGAGCUCCACCAUGGCCCAGCUGGAUAUGGGUCACAUGAACACCACCGACGGGGGGUUCCCGGCGGGGAACAUUGUCACGUGGCAGGAGACAGACCGCUUCACCAGGGAUUUUCUUGGGCUGAAAGGUAAUCACUGUGGUGGUGGCAGCAAUAAUGGCAGCUCGGGGGACCUGCUAUCCUACGCCGGGGGUGUAGAAUACCCUACAUAUGAUCGUGAACACUCACUAUUGAAGCAUCAGGGAGGAUUUUGAUUUGCUGAAACUGCAUCAGAAGGUGAACUGUUGAAGCUACACUGCAUUACAGAGGGCUAAUUCAGAUGCUAAGAACAUGAAGAUUUCUAUUUCCAUUAAUUUCCACUUUUUGAUUUAAAUAUUAGACUGUAUUUUAUUCUCAUAAUUGCUUGUUUUCAAGUUUAUUAAAGUGCCUUUUGGGUUAUAAUGAUGCAAGACUUUGAGAUGUUAUCAUUGCAGAAUUUGCCUUACAAAGCUAAUGAGUAUCUGAAUUUUGUCUUUCA